UCAAGAUGUGCGAUCUUUACCCAAAUACGGUGAUGCAUUAAACUUUUGUGGGUGAAAAACGGGAAGGUUUCUCGAUUUGUAAUGGCGCCUCUGUGCUUGUGAUUUUUUACGCAACAACAGAAAGAAGCCAUGACAGCCGGACCUUUUGUAUGAUGAAUCGAUUAUUUUUUUCUUUAAGCGAAAAUUAUUCAUAACAACACUAUUUACAACUAGACAAUCGCGCGAAUAGCCAAUCACCUUGGUUAAAGGCAACAACGAAUAGGUCGGAAAUGUUUACAUUUUAAAAGGCGCUGUUGAAAGUGGGGAGGUGCUGAAAUCUAUUUGCGCUGCUUUCCGCGUGAUUGGCACACUUGACAGUGAUUGACAAGCGUCCUUGGAAACUACGCAACCAAUCUGCCAAGUCCAAUAGAAAAUCAGAAGAGGACUGGACGUCUUUUUCCCCCUCAAAAAUAUCUCGAGUCUUGCGCUUCACCUUCGUAUUCUCGAGCUCCCCAGUUCCCCCACCGAGGCUGCCGUAGUCAGCCAGAGGGGCAUCCUCUCCUGUGUGUGUCGUGUAACGGUUGAUCUGUUGACUUUGGAAUUGCCUUUUUGUCUGGAUCAGGCGACGAAGAGGAAACGGGGGAGAGGGCGCGUGUAUGAGAGAGAGAGAGGUAGCAAGGACUACGAGGGGGGGAAAUAGAAGCCUUCAUGUUUCAAUUGCCAAUCUUGAAUUUCAGUCCCCAGCAGGUCGCGGGGGUAUGCGAGACUUUGGAGGAGAGUGGGGACAUCGAACGCCUCGGCCGGUUCCUCUGGUCGCUGCCGGUCGCCCCUGGUGCCUGCGAGGUUCUCAACCGAAAUGAGUCGGUUUUGCGGGCACGGGCCAUCGUGGCUUUUCACACUGGGAAUUUCCGUGAGCUCUACCACAUUCUGGAGAACCACAAGUUCACCAAAGAGUCGCAUUCCAAACUGCAAGCGCUUUGGCUGGAGUCUCACUACCAAGAGGCAGAGAAGCUCCGGGGUCGCCCGCUAGGGCCAGUGGACAAAUACAGGGUACGGAAGAAGUUCCCACUACCCAAAACAAUUUGGGAUGGUGAACAAAAGACUCAUUGCUUCAAAGAAAGGACCCGGCAUUUGCUCCGAGAGUGGUACCUCCAAGACCCUUACCCAAACCCUAGCAAAAAAAGAGAGCUCGCACAAGCCACAGGACUCACUCCCACCCAAGUCGGAAACUGGUUUAAAAACCGGAGACAAAGGGACAGAGCCGCGGCGGCCAAAAACAGGUUACAACAACAAGUGAUGUCCAAUGGCUCGGUUCGAUCCCUGACUGGAGAAGACGGCGCAGUGGACCGUCUCGGAACCGCGUCGAGCCCCGAAGCAAGUCUGUCGAGCAAAGCAGCCGCGUCGGCUAUCUCCAUCACUUCGAGCGACAGCGAAUGUGACAUCUAACACCGCACCACGAGCUGCCCCGCGGGCCAGUCAGGAUGACGAUGAGAAAAUGAACACAUUUAAGAGGGAAAUCGAGACAGACAAUCAGCAAGACAAACAAGCACAUCAGUGCCUGCCUUAACGUAUCAGAGGCUGUGUUUUUUUUAUUAUAAUAAUUAUUAUUAUGUGAAGGUUGUCAAACCACCCGAGGUCGACUGGAAUGCUCUGUCUUUAAAAUGUAUUUAUCCUCUUUUUCCAUUUCAUUUUUGCUUAACCAAGACAAAGAAGGAACUGAAAUGACAUGAACAGAAGACAUUUAUAUAAAUACAAGAGUCCUGAAUUUCCAUUUUUUUUCCAGUCGAUAAAAUCGGAUGCCUAGAGUAAAGCAGUGCCCACCGAAAAAAAGAGAACGGGAAAGAAAACAUAGAACACUUAAAAAGCCCACCAUCUCUUUUUAUUUUUUAUUAUAUUUUUAGGUGGAACUUUGCGUUGAAUAUCAAUGCCGUGACAUUUUACCUCCCAUUUUUUCUAAUGUAUGUUCAUCUAUGUAUUAAAAUCAUUGGUACUAUAGAAUCUAAUUUUGAUUUGCGCGAUCAUUUCAAAUUUAGUCAAUUUCAGUGUAAAAGGUGGAUUUUAGAGCAUGUGCGCCAAGUAGGACAUAUGUUUCAACGAAUGAAGACAUAAAGAAAAUAAAAAUGGUUGUUCAAAUCAAUACAGAAGUUAUUAUUAUUAUUAUUAUUAUUAUUAUUAUUAUUAUUACUAUUAUUACAGAUAGGUGACUUCCCGUUAUCUUAUGGCAAGGAUA